UCUCAAGUGUCUUGUUUCUCGCAGGUGACGGAGCUGAACGAGGCCCUUUCCAACGAGGAGAGGAACCUGCUGUCUGUGGCGUACAAGAACGUGGUGGGGGCCAGACGUUCAUCCUGGAGGGUGGUCAGCAGCAUUGAGCAGAAGACCUCCGCCGACGGCAACGAGAAGAAGAUUGAGAUGGUCCGGGCUUACCGCGAGAAGAUCGAGAAAGAGCUGGAGACAGUGUGCCAGGACGUGCUCAACCUGCUGGACAACUUCCUGAUCAAGAACUGCAGCGAGACGCAGCACGAGAGCAAGGUCUUCUACCUGAAGAUGAAGGGAGACUACUACCGCUACCUGGCCGAGGUGGCGACGGGGGAGAAGCGGGCGACGGUGGUGGAGUCCUCGGAGAAGGCUUACAACGAGGCGCACGAGAUCAGCAAGGAGCACAUGCAGCCCACCCACCCCAUCCGCCUGGGCCUCGCCUUGAAUUACUCUGUUUUCUACUACGAGAUCCAAAACGCACCCGAGCAAGCCUGCCACCUGGCCAAAACCGCCUUUGACGACGCCAUUGCCGAGCUGGACACCCUCAACGAAGACUCCUACAAGGACUCGACGCUCAUCAUGCAGCUCCUGCGAGACAACUUGACACUCUGGACAAGCGACCAGCAGGACGACGACGCCGGAGAGACCAACAACUAGGCCAGUGGACUUGGCAGCCGCAGCCAACGCUACUACCGCAGUCUUUUGUUUUUCCAUGAAAAAAAAAAAGUGAAGGGAACCUAUCCAGUGGUGACCUCUUCUUGAUUGCCUCUUCGACAUUUGCCAAAACACCACUUGCGGAAAUUCAGAGUGGCUGUUGCUGGGUUCGGAUGGCAGCCUCACACUGGCGUAUGGACUGUUCUGUAGUACAAAACAAAUAAGAGGAGCUGCUUAUUCAACUUUAAACAAAAAUAAAAAGGCUAGGAAAAAAAAAAAAAUGUUACAGCUUGAAUGUGAAUGCCUCACAAAAGAAAAAAAAAAAGUUUGUAAUGGUUCCAGUAAGUGUAUGGGAGGGCAAAGAUUUUCUUUUUAAAAUUAAAAUCAAAUGUUUUUUUUUUUGUUUUUUUUAAAUUGGAAUUUUGAAAUCAAAAUGUUUUAAUUAAAAAUGAAUAACUUUAGCCAAGCUGUGAUGGGAAGUAACUGUGGAAUGAAACACGCAUAUCCUUAUUAUGCAAUGUUAACGUGAAGGUACUGAUCAAUUAUACAAGAUUGUCUUAGCCAAUUAGAACUUUUCCCGUUAUACCGAACCUCUUUAUUGAGUUUUUUUUAAAAUAAUACGGAUUUAAAAUCACCGAUAUUAACUCCGACACUGAUUUUAAAAUCCUACCUAAUAAAAGAUUUCUGAGCAUGUUUAAAAGUAUUUACUGGAACCCUUCACUCGUUUUGGCUGUAGGCAUUAUUAAAGGCAGGCUAUUAAAAGAGUAAAAUGGGAAAUGAUCUUAAAGCAGCUUUUUGUUGUUUUUAUUUUUUUAUUUUAAGAGUAAUGCACUUGCCUAUAAUACUUUUUCUCCAGUGUAAUACGAUUACUCCAUUAAUCUCAAUGAUACAAUAUUUUGCAUGCUGGUGACGUAUUUAUAUACAGUAGCUUGGAUUUAUUAACUUAUGCUGUAGGUGUUAUGUAUUCCUAUGAGAAGAAAACUAGUCUUCAAACAAACGUAUUUAUUUAUUUUUAAUUUGCUAAAGUACGCUAUGCUGAACAGUGAACGUUAACAAUUCAUUGACCUGUUCUGGAUGUUGCUAUAGUGACAUGCAAUUCUACACAUGAUUUGUUAAACAAAAAAUAAGAAACACCAGUGCUAGCUUAAUCUUACUGUCUGGUGUUUGUCAUGGUGAAAUUAUUAUAAUUAAUAAGUGUAAAAAGAUGAAUGUUGUUCUUAGAAUUAAUCUUUCCGUUUUGUGUUUUUUAUUUAUUUAUUUAUUUAUUUUUGUCUUGUUAUGCAGUGAACAGUUUAAGGCUUGAGCAGUGAUUUUUCACUCCAUGUUUCUGUAAGGAAUUAUUUCACUCAUGGACCAUUUGCUAGCCGUUUCCUCAGUGCUGGAAUAUCUUGAACGUGAGUCGUGUGUAGCGGUCGCACCUGAGCAAAAUGACCUGUUCCACUGCACAAUUUCACUGCUGUUUUGGUGUAAUGUGGCAAUGUCACAAAUUCCUUUGAAAACGUGGUAGCUUAGUGGUUUAGUGCUGUAAAAUCAGCUCCACACAGAAGUUCCAACAACACUUUUUUUUUCUUUUUCUCCCCCCUAGUACAUUUCAAGAUGAAUAUGUAUAUAGAAUACACUAGUUUUAAGUAGAAACUGGAUGUAGAGAAAGUUCACAGUGAGGAUUGACAUUUGAAAUGAAAAUAAAAUAAAAAUGCAAUUGAGAUUCAGUUGACCUGCAGAGGAGACCUGUGUAGUCUCAAAUCUAGUUUACUUUAUGUACAUAUUCUGCGUAUCCUAUUAAAAUGCAUUAAAAAAGAAAAGCUUUCCUUGUAAAAUAAAAGAUUACGUUAGAGAACAUCGUGGAAACAACCCAACAAACCCGACCACAAAGACCGUUAUUUUUGUAUUUAUUUAUUUAUUUAUUUAUUUAUUUAUUUAUUCUUAUUAAAGCCAAGGCUAUUGUCCUGAAAUGCAAAGCCCAAAAUAUAAACCACUGUUGCAUUUAUUGUGUAUCGCCAAUUUUUUCACCUAGCUUCCCCUAAAACUUAACACUUAAAAUGAGCGAUUUAUUUCCCAUGCUGCAUUCUGUUCAUUUCCGCAGUUGCGAUGCCACCAGGAAACACCUCAUUUAGAUGAGUCAUCUCGUUCCCAAGAGCAUCCUGGGUACAGAACAGGGCAGUAAAAUUUACAAGAUACAAAACACAUUGGCAAGAAUACAGCACCAUACGGGCCUCGCAUGUAACAGCUGAGAGAAGCUGUAAACUUAAGAAAACAACUAUCUGGAAGCUUUGGACCACUAACUCCAAUCAGAAGUGGUCAAGGUCCAUUCAAAUUACUGCACUGAACGAUACUAUGUCCAUCCUACUGUGGGCUUAGGAAAAAACACUGCAGGAGAUGGCAACAGUAGUGUGUUUAUAGUAAAUGGACCAUAGUAUGAUAUACCACGGUCAAAUACAGUAUCACUAUAACUGCUAUACAAGGCUUUGAGUCAGUAGCUGUUUUUUAGGACAAUUCUAACAAUGCAUGUGGGCGCCCAGUUGUGCGGCAUUGACAGUGAGUAGAUCUACAACCAGUAGAUAAGCACCUGCCCAUAGGCUUGAUCUAGCUGCGAUUUGAUUGGAGAUCCAUGGUCACCUAGUGGGAGGAGCAGUGAUCUGCACAGACAGGACAAAAUGUAGUGGAGAAGCGUUGCCCUUCAAAACUGCCAGUUCCUAAAGUAGUUCUGUACUGCGAUUAAAAUAAUAUUACUUGAAAGCCAAGGUUUUACGUUUCUUUUGUGUUAUUUAUUAUUUAUAAAACGUAUUACAUGACGUCAAACGGUUUACAAAACUGUGCUUUUUUUUUUUCUCUCAUUGCUGUUGAUUAAGAUUAAGAAAAUAAAAUGCACACUAAAACUGAUAAAGGAAUUUUGUGGCAGUUUACAAUUAUAUGCAUGUCCUGCUGCACCAUUGUUGAAACAUAUUUAGUCAAGCUGGGAGACAGUGGGACUGUUGAUGAGGCACAAUGUGAGCCUAAAUGGGCCAAGCCAGAUUUCCCUUGGCUUCACCGGCUGUGUCCUGGGUUGGGGCAGCUCUUGGGUCAAUGUAAGGUGUGUGCUGGGGAGGGGGGAGCUACAGUCAGCGGGUGAGAAAAAAUUGUUGAUAAAAUAUUAUUGCAAAAGCAUGUAUACAUUUUCUGAGAGUUGGUUGCCUUCUGUUGCUCAUUAAAGAUAUUGGUUUCUUAACAUAAA